AUGAUUACCAUAUGCAUUCAGCCUUGCAUUCUUCAACUUAAGGUGAUUGUUUUCCCAGAUGGACAACGGAAGAUGGCAGGACUUAUACAAACACAUUGCAAACACACGAACCUAGAGCUGAUUGGCAAGUGGAAAAACUUGGAGGUGUUAUCAUUGGAUUUGUCCAAAGGCUCUAAUCAUGGACGUGGGGCAUUGUCAAUUGUGAAGUUGGGGCCUAAUAUAAAGUACUUAAAUUUGAAGGGUGCAAAAGUUAAUUGGGAUGGUCUUGUCACGUUGCUGCACUGA